AUGCCUAGCGGAUAUCAAGGUAUCCUCGACAAUGGAUUCAUAGAGGAGAUCAAAGCAGAUCAGCCAUUGUUGUCUCCAAUCGUCACCAAAUCGCCUACGAAAUACUGGAAACCUAAAAAGCUGUGUCUGGAUUUUAUAAAGCCUUCAUUUCUAAGUAGGAAGAGAGCGCCAGCGAAACCGCUCCAUGCAACUGCCUGGCUUGACGGAUUGAGAGGCUAUGCAGCAUUUCUGGUAUACGUUCUGCAUCAUGAACUAUGGGCCCACACCUUAGCGUAUGGCAAUUGGAUCUUGGAGAUGGGCUUUGGCUAUGAGAAGAAAUACUAUGCGAUUCAACUGCCUUUCGUUCGAACAUUCUUCACCGGUGGUCAUCUCGCUGUGACCACAUUUUUCGUGAUUUCAGGAUAUGUUCUCUCCAGAAAGCCAUUGAUGCUCAUUCAAUCCGGGGAUUUGGCGAAACUAGGAGAUAAUCUUGCGUCAGCAUUAUUCAGACGUUGGAUUAGAUUAUGGCUCCCAGUAAUUGCCACGACGUUCAUAUAUCUCACUAUAUGGCACAUGUUUGAUCUCUAUCCACUGCCUAGGUCUGAACAUGAAAAAACUUGGACUGGUGAGGUAUGGAAAUGGUACUUGGAGACCAAGAACUUCAGCUACAUUUUCAGGACUGGUGGAGAUCCUUGGUUUACUUAUAAUGUCCAUGUGUGGUCAAUACCAGUGGAAUUAAAAGGUUCCAUUACCAUUUAUACGGCUCUCGUGGCAUUGUCACGAUGCUCACGAAAUGCGAGACUCUACCUCGAGCUCGGAUUGAUAUACUACUUCAUGUAUAUUGCAGAUGGCGCGCACAAUGCAAUGUUUGUAGCUGGGAUGCUUCUCUGCGACCUGGAUUUGCUCGCCGAAAAUGAUGACUUGCCUCGUUUCUUUUCCAGAUUCGAUUCUUGGAAAGAGCUCAUUUUCUCUAACCUCUUUGUCGCCGCUAUGUAUCUUGGAGGUGUGCCUACUUUUGAUUUGGACGAGAAAGUAUUGAGAAACACUCCUGGGUGGCAUUAUCUAUCCUACUUGAAGCCACAAGCCGUAUUUGAUUACAAAUGGUUCUACCUGUUCUUUGCCGCGACUUUCCUCGUGGCAUCUAUUCCUCGAAUCCCAUGGCUGAAGAGCUUCUUUGAAACUAGAUUUUGCCAAUAUAUGGGCCAUAUAUCUUUCGCAUUCUAUCUUGUGCAUGGGCCCAUCAUGGCACUUCUAGGCGAUAGACUAUACUCCGCAGUCGGCUGGUCAAAAGAGAUGUCGGAUGAGAUGGCACCGUGGAGAAAUAUAUUCCCAAUAUCGAAAGUCGGGCCAUUCGGGAUGGAGCUGAGCUUCUUUGUUCCCCAUUUGAUCCUCUUCCCUGUUACAAUUUGGAUCGCGGAGAUUGUUACAAGAUUGAUUGAUGAACCUAGUGUGAGGUUUGCGCAAUGGCUAUACAAAAGAACUCUUGCACCAUCACCUCGUUUGUAG